UAAGACAGAUUAAAAAAAAUGAGUUUUUGAUCAUGAUGGACUGUCCGAUGGCUAAAUAGUGUUUUCACGAAAGAAAUAUGAACGUAACGGUAAAAUAGCACGCGCAACAGUCGAUUGAACCUCGCGAGCGGGGAGAGCUCUCUCCAACUCUUGUAGAUGACACGUGAGUAAUGACGGGGACCUGCGUCACGGCGUGACGUUGCAGGUUAUGUCCACUCCAAGGGCUCGCAAGUGACGUCGGCUGCCAUCGGUCAUCGACACCUGUCACAUGACGGCGGUCGGCUGCAGAUCGCUCUGUCGCACGUGCGCUUCUCCCGAGAGACGCAUGCGCGUCAGAGAAACUUGAACUUGCCACUUCGUUCCGGGUUGCCUUAUUUAUAAACAUGGCGACGGAACCGCGCUUCGAUGCAUCUCUCGCCAGUGAAAUUUCUUUCUUUGGCGAGUUAACACCGUGGGAAGAGCGGGUUCUGGAGCGUUGCCGAAAGGCUAACACAACAUUAUACAGCGACACUCCUGUUCUUCCCGACGGUGUGAGCUUCCAUGGAGUCGGAGAGCCCGUCAUAGACCCACCAACGCCACCGUCACCAACGCGACAUGACAACUGGUGUGCGUGUGGUAACUGCUCCGCAAUGCCGAUGGCGCGUGAGGAGGUGUGCUGCACCUCUAUUGCCGAAGUAAGGAGAAGAUGUCCAGACGGCUGCAUCGUAGAUCACUCGGACUUCCAAACUCUUUGCCUCACGACUGUUGUCAUGGAAGUUAUGGGCAUCGAAUACAAAAAGUGCGGAUUACUGCUUGGGAAGGAACCCAACGAAAUAUGGCGCCACAUAGCAUAUCGCAAUUUUGCAUCAUGGAUAUGGGGACCACUUCCGGAAGAAGACAGGCGGGUGCUCCCGUCAUGUGUGGUGAUGGCGAUACGGAACAACUUCCCAUCACCCUCAGGCAGCUACACUGGUUUUAGGCCUGUAAAAUGAGUAAUGGUACAUCCAUCAGA